UCCUUCAGAGCAUCGGUUCCUGCUUCUUCCUCCUGCACAACUCCGCUCUGCCGAUACCAUGACCUCCUUCUCCAGCCACAGCAGUUUCGCCGGUCACAGCGGCGGCAGAAUGUCUUCUGGUGCAGUGGGUUUGGGCUCGUCCUCAUUCUCCUCCCGCAGCGGGGCGGGCGGGAUGGACAUGAGAGCCCAGAGUGUAUACGGAGGUGCUGGAGGCAGGAGCACCCGCAUCUCCUCCAGCUCAGUCACCGGGCUGAGGUCCGCCGCGGGUGGGGGUUUCGGUGCCUCUGCCUGGGGCUAUGGUGGUGCUGCUGGGGGCUAUGGUGCCUCUGCUGGGGGAAGCUUUGGGGCCCUCAACCUGGAGAGCGGCAGCUCCUCAGCCUUCAGCAACAACGGGAAGGAGACCAUGCAUAACCUCAACGACCGCCUGGCCGUGUACCUGGAGAAGGUGCGCACCCUGCAGAGCGCCAACGCCAAGCUGGAGCAGCAGAUCCACGGGUGGAGCAAUAGCCAUGCCAUUAUCUCCCACGACAUGAGCGCCUAUCACACCACUAUUGAGGACCUCCGCACCCAGAUGUUGGCUGCGUCUGCUGUCAAUUCCACCAUUCUUCUUCAGAUUGACAAUGCCAAGCUGGCUGCCGAGGACUUCAAAGUCAAGUAUGAGAAUGAGUUGGCAAUGAGGCAGUCUGUGGAGUACGACAUCGCCGGGCUGAAGAAGCUUUUGAGUGAGCUGUCUCUGACCAGGUCUGACCUGGAGAUGCAGAUCGAGAGUGUGAAGGAGGAGCUGCUCUACCUCAAGAAGAACCACGAGGAGGAAUUGAUCUCCUUCCGCUCCCAGCUGAGCGGGCAGGUUCAAGUGGAGGUCGACUCCGCCCCAGGAGUGGAUCUGGCCAAAAUCAUCGCAGACAUCAGAGAGCAGUACGAGGCCAUUGUCAAUAAGAGCCGCAAGGAGGCUGAGGCCUGGUACCAGAACAAGGCUGAAGUUGUUCAGAAACAGGUAACUGAGGACACGGAAACCCUGCAGACCAGCAAGAGUGAGAUGAAAGAGCAAAGAAACAACCUGCAGAACCUGGAGAUGGAGCUGCAGGCCCUCCAGAGCACGAAAAUGGCCCUGGAAGCCAGCCUCCAGGAGAUGGAAGCGCGCUACGCCGAGCAGCUCAUUCACCUGCAGGCCGUGGUGACCAGGCUGGAGAGCCAGCUGGCACAGAUGAGAGCCGACAUGGAGAGCAACACGGAGCAGUACCACCUCCUCCUAGACAUCAAGACCCAUCUGGAGCUGGAGAUUGCUGAGUACAGGAGGCUGCUGGAUGGAGAGGAGGGCGGGCAAAGCACCAAGACAUCUGCAACAGGGGCCAGCUCAACCAGGAAGGUGGUGACGGUCGUGCAGGAGCUGGUUGAUGGGAAAGUUGUAAGUUCCUCCUCCUCAUCCAGCCAGCAGGUGAAAAAAUUCUAAACAAAAGAAGAUUUGAAACCGGAUAGACAGGAAGCAGCUCCAGUCUCCGGUACACAGAUACAGGGGUGUUUCGGGGUUCAUCAAUAAAACAUAUCUGGGUUUUGCAAGCA